UCUUUAUUUAACAGUCGAAUAUCUGCGUAAUACACUUUAAACGUCUUACUUGCCUUUGGAACUAUGUCUUUGAAUACAAUCUUAACUUUUCUAGCUACCAUAGUUGUGUUAAUAUACUAUUACUUAAAAAAGAACAAAACUUACUGGAAAAAACUGGGAAUUAUCAGCCCGAAAUCUCAUAUUUUGUUUGGCAAUUUCAAAGAAGUUAUUUUGAGGCAAACCACAUUUUUCCAUCAGAUAGAAACCUUUUAUAAUAUGUAUCCCAAUGAGAAAUUUAUCGGAUUAUACCGCUUCAAUACACCAGUACUUCUUAUCAGAGACUUGGACAUUGUCCAGCAUAUAUGUGUACGUGAAUUCGACAGUUAUAUGAAUAGAGGCAUCGAAUUUGGUGACAAACUCAAAAAUAAUCUUGCUUCCAGCAAGGAUGACACUUGGAGAAUGCUUCGAUCGCGUUUCUCACCUCUGUUCACUUCUGGUAAACUGAAAAAUAUGUUACACCUUAUUAAUAGUUGUGGUGAUAAAACGCUGGAGUAUUUGGAAACAUUGGUCUCACAAUCAAAAGAACACGACAUUCUGGACAUCACAAAGAAAUACUCCGUCGGAAGCAUCAGCGCCUGUGCAUUUGGUUUAGAUUUGGACAUGAAGAAUCCAGAUGAGAAACUAACAAAGAUGGAAACGUUAGCGUUCACAAAUUUCUACACUUUAGAAUUGAUCUUUUUAUGUCCUGGGCUUAUAAAGAAGCUAGGCAUUUCUAUCGCACCUAAAGAGAUUUCAGUUUAUUUUUGCAAUCUCGUUAAUUUUAUUAAGAAACAACGUGACCGUAUAAUGUCCAGUAGAAAAGAUUUUAUGGACUUACUUUUGGAAAUGAAGAACUCUACUGAAUUGAAAAGUGAGUGUGUUGGUAGCAACGAAGAAAUUGUGACAAUCACCGACGAAUUAAUAGCGGCACAGGCGAUGAUAUUCUAUGUAGCCGGUUUCGAUACUACAGCUAACACACUUUCGUUUUUACUUUAUGAAGUGGCUAAGCACCAGGAUAUCCAAGAGAAGAUGUUAAAAGAAAUAAAGCAGGUCUUGGCGGAUAAUGAUGGAGAAAUAAGUUUGGAAAUUCUAAAACAGCUGACUUAUAUGGAUCAAGUGUACGAUGAGACACUCCGAAUGUACCCUAUUGCUGGUUUACAAAGAAGAGUAUCUGUGCCAUCUUGUAAACUACUUGAUACAAGUAUAACAUUGAAAAGGGAUGCUAUUAUUUAUGUUUCCGUCCGAGGUAUCCAUUAUAAUGAACAGUAUUAUCCGGAUCCUUACAAAUUCGACCCGGAGAGGUUUUCUCCGGAAAAUAAGAAAUCAAGACAUCCAUGUGCUUACAUACCAUUUGGUUUUGGUCCACGACAUUGCAUAGGUAUGCGAUUUGCCAAGGUCCAAGCGCGGGUCUUUCUCAUAAAGUUUUUGAGUUGUUACAAAGUGGAGCUUGCUGCGGAUACAAAGGAGAUUACUUAUGACACUAUGAAGAUCACGCUAACUGCAAAAGAUGGAAUCCCAUUAAAGAUCACUAGAAGAAAUUGACUGAUAUAUUGAAAUUAUAUUUAUUGACAUAGGUGGUCCAAUAUCUUAUCGCAUUGGUUAAAUAAAUGACCUUAUUGGAGGAUGAUA